AUGGCACCACGCUGUCUUGUGCACCGGCUCGGCGUGGUCGGGUACCGCCAAGCCUGGGCGUGGCAGCAGCAGCUGCUCAAGGAGCGCUUCCGCGCCGCCGAGGCGCCAAUGGACGUCUGCCUCAUGCUGCAGCACCCGCCCGUGUAUACGCUCGGGCGCGGCGCGUCUCUGGCCAACGUCAAGUUUGACCCAACCAAGGAGACGGCGUUCGAGCUCAUCAAGGUCGACCGCGGUGGCGAGGUCACGCACCACGCGCCGGGCCAGCUCGUCGUGUACCCAAUCUUCAAUCUCACGCGCGAUCCGUUCAAGAAGGAUUUGCACUGGUACCUCCGCCAGGUCGAAGAGGUCGUCAUUGACACGCUGAGCGCCUUUGACAUUGCGGGCGAGCGCGUCGAUGGCCUCACGGGCGUGUGGGUGCCCGACGCGCGCCACGCCUUUCCCAAGAGCAAGAUCGCGGCCGUCGGCACGCAUGCGAGCAAGUGGAUCACGAUGCAUGGUUUUGCGCUCAAC